GACAUGGAUCUCUCUGUUUUGCCCAAUAACAACCAUCCUGACAAGUUCUUGCAGCUGGAUGUGAAGUCUUUGAUGAAGAGCCCACCCUUUCAGCAGGCCAGCCUCGCGAGACUGCAGGGUGGAAACUACCCUGCCGCGCAGCACUGGCAGAACCUUGUCUACUCACAGAGAGAAAAGAAGAAUAUUGCUGCCCAGCGAACCAAGGGGUCCAGUGGGGAGUCCUCUGCAGUUGCUGAUGGCCCUCUGCCAUCUAUGUCCUCAGUUAUGAAGAAUAACCCGCUCUAUGGUGACAUAAGUUUGGAAGAAGCUAUGGAAGAAAGAAAAAAAAAUCCUUCGUGGACUAUUGAGGAAUAUGACAGGCAUUCCUUGCACACAAACCUCUCUGGACAUCUAAAGGAAAAUCCCAGUGACCUGCGGUUUUGGUUGGGAGACAUGUACACGCCGGGUUUCGAUACCUUAUUGAAAAAAAAAAAGAAGCGUGACAAGAAGACAAAAUUAUGUCGCAUGGGUUUGAUUUCACUCCUUGUUGCUUCAAUCUUGGUUACCAUAGUGACUAUCAGCACUUUGUUCACCUAAAAACUGCCAUAGAGA